UUUUGUUUCCCUUUCAAAUGUUCAUUAUCUUUCCGUUAACUUUGUUCCAAGUAAGUAUAAAUAUGUCGAUAUUUCCUUGAUAAUUUCCAAAUUCCUUUCCUUUUUUUUCUUCAUCCAACUACUUGUCUUUCGCUCCUACUAAUAUAUUUACAAUGCAAUUCUCUACCGUCGCUUUAUUCGCUGCCGUCGCCGUCGCUGCCACUGUCACUGAAACUGACUCUUCUUCUACUUUAGUCACUGUCACUGACUGUGCUUCCACCGUCACUGACUGUCCAGCUCACAAAACUUCUGAAGCUCCAGUUGCUUCUACUUCAUCUGCUGGUAACUACACUGCUCCAGCUAAUGUUUCUUCUGCUUACGAAGCUGGUGCUGCUAGACAAUUCGCUGUCGGUGGUGUUGCUUUAGCUGCUGGUGCUUUAUUAGCUUUAUAAGCGUGCUUAACUGAUUUAUAACCUAAAAUCAUUUAAAUUGUCAUUUGCAAUCUUUUUUUAAAAAUGACUGUUUGAGACGGUUUUAAUCGAUUUACCCUUAUUGAAUCCAUAUACCCUGAACCCUUAUUUUGAAGUUUACUGGAUUUUUAUAAACUACGUCUAUCGGGUAAUGAUUAGAUGUUUAUGAUGUCUUCAUUUACUGGUUGAUCUCUAUUGAAAAUCUCUGGGUUCUAUUAUAUCUUUGGUGGGCUCUUUUAAUUCUUCGGUCUCCGGUCAUUUAUUGAUACCAUGUAUCUGGC